AUACUGAUGGUUUCUCUCUUAAUUUCUCCGUUCACUUCCUAUCUCUCUAUCUUCAAUCACCAUGGCAUUGGCCGUGGACCGUCAUGAACAGAUUCAUCGAUAUCCCUGGUAUUGGGAUGACCACACCGACUAUGGCCGCAACGAGGCCUCCUUCCAUUCAUACCAUCAAAAUCAGGUUUGGAACGAGAAGCACAUUUCAUUACACCACCACCAGAAUCAAAUUUUACAAGGAACGAAGAGGCCUCAUAGUGAGCAUGAUGAAAACGCCCUUGUCAUUGUCCAGGGCGACCUGCGUGAAGGCGAACAAGGAAGGAGCGAGCUACGACGGAGCCCUCUCGUGCCCCUUUUGGUUGGCAGUAACUUAAACCUUAGCAGUAAUUUCGGUACUACGACCCAGGCGUUUUCUAAUACGUCAAUUAACGUUCGGCGACCUCUGUUCAGAUCUGGAUGUCAUGGUUCCGGGGAUGGUGACUCCAUCCAACAACCGCUUCUGGAGACGCGUUUAACACUGGAUUCAUCAUGUUUUGACUCCCUACCUUUGCGAUGCUCAACUCAGACACCUGGCUCAUCUACGCUAAUCGCGCCAUCAUCAUUCUCAUCGCCAAGCUUAUCUAUUACGGCGUUUGAUGACUCUCGAACUACGUCCACCGGACGUGAAGUCAGAGCUUCCUAUCCUUUACCACAACACUUACAUAUACCCACGUGCACAGGUAGUGUGGAAAUGGUAAUCGACAAACGGAAAAGACGAUGGGAAGGACGGGAGAAAAAAGUAGAGCGUCAAGAGGUCGACGGAACCGCCACCUCAACUCGCUUCCCUCAAUCUCACCCCCAUUUCAUCCCUCUCGACACGACGACUCUCAAUGAUAUGGAGUGUAUCCGGGAAGACGACGAAAAGCAUACGGAAGGCGUUUUUUGUCUUGGGACAACUGGGACAACAUCAAGGACGGAGGAGGCCGUUGAUGGGGAAGAAAGAGGCAGGAAUGGUUACUCACAGUCGCGUUCUGGUUAUACCAACGGAGGAAGGUCUUCAAACGAGUACGGUUACUCGAAUGGCAAUUCAAAUCAUCGAUAUUCCGGAGGUCGAGGCAGGACCAACCUUAACGGACAUGGAGGUGAUGAUGGUGAUGAUGACGACGAGCGUGGUAGUAACGGAGGAGGCCCACUGGAUUACUAUCUCUCUCAGCAAUUUUCCACCUCUGAAGAAGAUGAGUCAGAGGAUGAAGAGUCUGAUGAAGGAAGCUCGUCUGGGUACUACGCGAAGCAUUCGAUGGAUCGUGAGCAAGGCACCAGCAGCCAUCAUUAUCAUCCGAGCUCGACCCGUCACCCACAAGGCGGACGUGCGUCUCAGCAAAAGCCAUCGUUUUCCCCUGACACUGCCUCGGACGAAGACGAUGUUCCUCUUGCGCAGUCUCAUCCCACGGCUCUGAGAGCACAGCAAAGCAUUCGGAUAAAAGAUCGACAGAGGAGGAAGGAUAGGAAGAUAGAGAAGGCACGGGGAGAGAAGCGAACCCCAAUCUCUCACAGAGACCUAGGAGGGAUAACAAGUACGCAAGAAGCAAUGCUGCAUGCAUCGAUACCUUCGUCGUCCCUUGAGCCACCGGUUGCGUUACUUUCGAAGACGAAGAUGACAUCUUCUCCCGCUUCCUCUCCUCUGCACAAUACGACCGCUUUCCCCACUUCAUGCAGCCCCCCUCAGACUGCAACGUCACCGAAGAUAGGUGACUGCACGACACUGCCGUCAUCGGUACCGGUGGGAAUGGUGCGCUUGAGAACACAGAGAGGAAGGACCAGGACUGCAAUUAGUGCUGGCAAUGGAUCGAACACACCUAAUGGACAACGACCAGGUGGAUCCGUCCCUCCGACUCCGACUUUCAAUCAAACUUUUACUGCCCAAGCACCCAAUCCCGUGGGAACCCGAAUGAUAGAAUCUCAAACCCCUUCAAGGACUCUCAAACAAAUGAGGUCAUUUCAUGUUCAGAGAGUCAACAACUCGCCUCAACAGACAGCUCAAGAAUGGCAUGCAAAUUCUCCUCCUGUUCCUGUCCCCACUCCAGGAACUCCCAUUACUGGUUUGAACCGGUCACAUACGAGAGGGCGGUCUCAACACAAUGGACAUGCAAUACCGUUAGCGGUGUCUGCGUCUGCUCCACCUUUACCUUACCAUCCUCCGGUACCUUCCGUCGUACCUAUGACCACUUCGAGAGCUCGGUCAAGGUCACGACCACCGCCAACUCGUAACCCUUACGCAGCGGAUGAAUUUGGUCAGAUGUCUCACAGCGGCAAUGCUGUAGAAUCUCUGGGAAGAAUAAGUGCAGAAUCGCGGCGAGGUGCUGGUGGUAGUCAUAAGCGCUCCAACUCUGAACACAUACACGAAAGAGUCGAAGUGCCACCCGUUGAAACGAUGCCUCCGUUACCACCAUCCUUGGGUUCUUCUCCCAAUCCCAAUGCAAUAGCUGCUAUACCUCUCGAAGCACAACAACUUCGUGUCUACAUCUCGACAAGACAAAGGUUUGUUAUGGUUGAAAUCAUGUCUGUUACGAAUGCGGGUAAUGUGGUUGGGAUGGUCAGGGCUAAGGGCGGAUUACCCGAUGUGCAGUCCGGGUUGGAUAUAUCGUCAGAAGUUAGAGUUGGGGGAGGAUGGAUGGUUUGGGAGAUCAAUGCUGAUCUGGGAAUGGAGCGGCCGAUACGGCCGUUUGAGCAACUUGUGGAGGUUCGGGGAUCAUGGAACAAGGAAAAGACGGAGAAUAUAUUCAUGUUGAAAUGGACACCGGGGUGGGAGAAGAUAUUGAGGCGGGAGGAAAUACCGCCGUCGGCCCCUACGUAUUCCGGAUACCUCGAGUAUGAAGUUCGGAGAGGAAAGUGGAACAAGCGGUGGUUGGUGCUGAGAGAUCACUGCUUGUUCAUCAGUAAGAGGGAUAAUUGCAAAGACCAGGUCCUGCUUUGCAGUCUCUCGAACUUUGAUGUCUAUCACUUUACCAAUCCGCCGUCCAAGAUCCCUAAGGAGUACGCUUUUGGGCUCAAGAGCACGGAUAAAAUGAGUCUAUUCGAGGAUACAAAUGACUACAUGCAUCUGUUUUGUUGUAGAGAGGGCGAAGGAGAGAAGUGGGUACAAAGGAUAAGGAUCGCUAGGUCGUACGUUCUGUACCAGGAGCGAAACGUCCUUUUCGCCUCUCCGCCCUUACAAGCUACCCCGAUGUCUGCUUCUCAAAACGGUGGAGGACUAGGUAGGGCACUUACGACAAAGAGAAGGGCGCCAAUCCAACCACUCGUGCAAGUUGCAGACGGUGACAUAUUUGCGAAAGGUUCGCUAUUACGGAGUCAAGUAUGAGAAGCCCUCCGACAAAAGUCAACCCUUCGUUCAAACCCAUUUUUUUACGCGACUGUGAAAUGAUUUGUUCCAAUCUAUAUUACCACUACAAUACUCAUCUACUCAUCUUCUUUAUCGUCACAUGUACCGCCUCCUUUGUUAUUUGUAGACAUACCUUCUUACUUAUCUUCAACGGAUGCCCCGCCGCCACUAGGAGUUCACCGCAUCUACGUUAUGCCCAACACAGUACAAAUGGAUGGAGAGUGAAACGCCGGCUC